AUGGCACGCUCGCAUGGUCUCGCCGUAGCGACCCUCGUCCUCCGUAUCUUCGCACUAGCUCUCCUUGUAGCUUCUAUUGUACUCAUAGCGACAGCUAAAAUCUAUCAACCUUUCAACCCAUCUUUGGUAGCCCCUCCCAACUUCACCUUCCAGGACAGGUAUGCGUACCAGUAUCUGCUGUCUGCUGGUGUCAUCGGAUGCGCGUACACGAUGCUGGCCCUUGUGUUCGCGGCGAUCAACGUCGCCCGGCGGAAGAUGGUCCGAGGCAGCGAGGGUGUCUUCUUCAUUUGUGCUGACGCUGUAUGUGCUGUUAUAAUCGCAACGGGAGCAGCGGCGGGCUUGGGUGUCGCGGUUCAAUACCAGGAGAUCAACCAGGGAUUUCUCGAUUCACCUGCAGGUGCAGACUAUAAGAAAUUCUAUGACCAGGUCGACGCUUCGUGCGCCUUGCUAUUGGUGGCUGCCCUCUGCACGUUGUUCAUCAUCGGAAAUUCCGCUUACUCACUAGCCAAUUGA